AUGGCAGCUCCUCUUCCCCGCCCUCGCAUCGCCAGCACGCUCAUCGCUGAGCGCGACGUCCUUGAGCAAGACAUCCGAAACAACAAUGCAGCAAUCGAACAAUGGGCCGUCUUGCCAAGGUGGAACUGGCAGGAGCUUCGAGCUGCGCGAAUUCUGGGGCAACGGCUCGAACGCGAGGUCAUUCUACUCACUAUCGAAAUCGACAUUGCCUUGACGCGAGAGGUGGCCAACAUGGAGUGGCUCAUGUCACUAAGCCAAGAGGAGUUACGCACUCGCCUGCGGCUUGCCUGGCGAGCGGUCUUGUCCCGGAAGGCUCGUACACCGUAG